ACGUUGAUAAGAACGCUUAAAAUCCCCUCUUUCCUAUGAUGUAUACAUUAUUGUUGGCAUAAUUGUGAGUAAAGCUUAACACACACUUUUACGUUUUGUUGUAAAAAUUAAGAAUGUUCGAGUAUAAGUGGUUCCAUCGUACUGUGGGUUUUCAAUAUCUCUUCACUUGUCAAUGAGCAACCAUUUCGUGCCAUCGUUCCACAUGUUGCGUUUGGCGUUCAACUUAAUCAGCCGUAGAGUGAUGAUGAUAGAACCGUCUGUUUCACGCUGUUGCGAGACCGCUGUGUUACAAGUUAAUAAAAAGCAGUUACAUUCAACCUGCCCAGAUUCCAGCGAGCUUGUCGUCAAAGAACAAAACUACGAGAACGCAAUUCGUACUUUGAACACAUUGCAAUCGAACUUCAGCGUUCUUCAAGACUCUAUAAAGCGAAAACAUCAAGAUGAUUCUAAGCACGUCAGCGAUACUAUAAAAUUUUUGGAGCGCAUUGGUAUUCCAUUAUCUAAGCUUGAUCGUUUACCUGUUAUACAUGUUUCUGGAAGUAAGGGAAAGGGAUCAACAUGCGCCAUGGUAGAAUCCAUCCUUCGAAGUCACGGUUAUCGAACAGGGUUCUUUAGCUCGCCGCACCUGGUGUCAGUCACAGAGCGGAUCCGUCUAAAUGGAGUUCCGGUGGCUAAUGAGCGGUUUUCUGAACACUUUUGGAAUAUCUACAAUCGGCUAGAAGCCGCACGGGAUCGGAUUGAAGAUUUACCGUCAUAUUUUUGCUUUCUUACUAUAAUGGCAAUAGAUAUUUUUCUCCGUGAAAACGUGGAUGUUUGUGUGAUAGAGGUUGGCAUCGGUGGUCGGUUUGACAGUACAAAUGUGCUACGGAAUACACAGACUGUUGGGAUAACGUCGCUUGGUCUAGAACAUACAAUGCUCCUUGGGGAAACGUUAGAAGAGAUCGCUUGGCAGAAGGCAGGAAUCAUCAAAACAGGAUCUGAUGUAUUCACAACUUCGCAGCCAGCCAAGUGUCUGGAAGUUAUUCACCAAGAGUGUCUUAAAAAGGAGGCUAGAAUUUAUAUAGCACCAUCCCGGUUGAACGAAUAUGAUUGGGUUACUAAACCUUUAUUAAUGAAAGAAGCCUGUGCUGCCGUAGAAUUGAACACCUCCCUUGCCAUACAGAUUGCGUCCAAUUGGAUACGACGAACUCGACCUAAUUUACUACCGACGAACGGAAGUACUGUACUACCAAGCAUUGUUGAAGGCAUUGAUCAUUGUUUCUGGCCCGGAAGACUUCAAAUAGUACCUUACAACGAUCGAAGAACACUGUAUCUAGAUGGAGCUCACACGGUGGAAAGCAUUACUGUGUGUGCGCGCUGGUUUGCUUCGAAAUCUCGAAGUCAUCACAAAAAGUUGCUGGUUUUUAAUACAACCGGUGAAAGAGACUCACACAAACUACUUUCCAUCCUGUCACGCACAGUGAAGUUUGAUGCAGCAUUCUUUACACCAAAUGUAGCGUUUUGUGCUGUUACGCGAGCGGAUACCGUGAAUCAUAAUUUUCCACUUGAACAACAACUGCAUCGUUGCGAACAGAAUUGUGCUUUAUGGCAGACACAGCUAUUCAACCGAAAUGGUUUUGUGCAUGACUCAGUUGAAUCCGUUUUUCAGAACAUCGACAAAAUGAUCCCAUCGGCAUCUCAUUCCUGUGAUAUUUUAAUCAGCGGGUCCAUACAUCUUCUUGGAGCGACAUUAAGCGCUCUGAAAAUAGAACAUUAUGCAUAUAGUGCUACCUGCUCGAAAGACUCAAACAGUUCGCCCACGUAACCCCUUUAAUACUUUAAACAAAAUAUUUGUAUUUCUAUUUUUUGUGCAGUUAAUCGAGCUAACAUACAAAUAAAAAAGGUAAAAACCCAAAUAAAGCCUCCCUCAGCCGAAAUUACUGCGUGACUACACCAUUUGUGAGCGAUUGUACCUAAAAAGUAUGCAAUGAGUUAAACAAAUGCCGUUGUGUGAACCUUUUGAAUUGAAUACCUCAUGAAAUCAAAGAUUAUGGUUAUAUUGGACAGGAUUUACAACAUAAAUUCCCUGAUGCAUUACUUGCAUGAGUUUAUGAAAAUUCGGCGACACAAUGAACCUAGGGGAGUGGUAUUAGGGAGACCUACUGGCCAUUUUUGUAAUAUUCCAUUUCACUCUCAUUACUUGUAAAACUCAGCUGUAACCCACUUCAAGAUCACUUCUUAUUUAAAUUAUGUGCGGUACCUUUUCCCGUGUGGAAUCCAAUUCGUUUACCAAAUGAGCCAACAAAAUCAGUGCAAUGAUAUUCCUCUUUGUUCCUGAUUCAUUCCUUAGCUGAGUGAGAUUCGUGCUGAAGUGUCGAAAUGAAAUCAUACUAAAUAUCACGUCCUAUUGAAGGAUUAAAUCUCUCUUCAUUAUAAUGUAAAAUGGGGUUACAAUGUCCUUUCAUUCACCUGCUAAAGUUUGUUGAAAAUAGGUAUCAAGUGACAGAUAGGGAAAUUUGUUUAUAAAACUACAAUUAUAUAAAAGUGUAAUGUUCUUGAACAAAUAAACGAAACA